AUGCGUUCUCGCCUCCUCCAUCCGAAAUCAUUCGUCGACAAAGUCGUCGUGACGACGGAAGGGGAGACGAGUUCGUUAAAGUUAGCGCGAACAACAACAACAUUAAAAACAACAUUAAAAACAACAUCAACAGCAGAGACACACGUGACGCACAACUUGGAGUUUACCCGAGACGGGUCUCGAUUGCUCUCGACGACGGCAGGGGACGAUGUUUUGAGAGUAUACGAAGUGCCCGCGAAAAUGAUUAUGAUGUCUUCUGAUGGUGAUGAAGAUGGUGAGCUGUUGAAGUGCGCGUUGAAAAUGAAACUGCCAAAGUCGCACUACGACGCGUGUUGGUAUCCCGCGGCGCAGGGGAAUGUUCGGGAAACACUGUUGACGCUGUGCGCGGCGAAAGAUUCCGGGGUGAAGUUAUUCAACGUUUCCCCUUCGUCCGAUGAUGAUGACGAUGGUGUUAGUAUACUUUCAUCGUCGUCGAGAGAAAAAUGUUCGUAUUCGAUCAAAAACAGAAACGACGAGCUCGUGCCCUCGAUAUCUUGCGCGUUUACUGGUAACGGUGGGAAAGUGUUGGGCGGGAGACGAGAGGAGAAAGGGGUGUGCGUUUGGGACACGAGCAGACCUGGUCACGAGUGCCAAGUCGUCGGGUUUGACACGCAAUCGAAACUGACGAGUUGUUUUGCCACCGGGAACGAAUACAACGGGUUUAUCGAGAAUAGCGAAGGAAACAUAUUUGCCGCCGGUUCGUAUGAGAACGGGAACAGUAUUUGUGUGUACGAUUUACGAGAUGGGUUUAACGGGAGCGAUUGUUGCGUGUUGUCGAUUACAAAUCCUCACAAAAACGAAAAGACGGGGAAAAUGGGAGGCGGCGUGACGAGAUUGAAAUUCAGCGCGGAUGGGAGAGCGUUAUUUUCGAGCGCUCGGAAAUCAAACUCGAUUUUGUGUUGGGAUUUACGAGCAAACGUGAACGGGUCGAUGUUUACGAACAUUCAAAGAUCGAACGUUCGGUCCAAUGCGAAAACGAAAUUCGACAUCGAGCCGUGCGGGAAACACCUGGUAUCUGGUGGUGACGACGGUAUAUUGCGUUGUUUUGAUUUAGACCAGAACGGGAAAGAGGUUUUCGCGUGGAAAGCGCCGCCGAAGGAUGCCGCGGUUUUAAUCGCCGCGUUUACGUUUCAUCCGUUAGCGAGUUCGGUGAAAGAAUUCAUAGCCGGAAAGGAAGGAGAAAGUAAGUUUACUGAUAUUUACGAUGACGAAAAUCGAAUCAUGAACGACGUCGCGCUCGGUGCCAGCGCGUGCGGCGAACGUUUGUUCCACCCAUCCACAGGGAGAAGAUUCAUAAAUAAUAAUGCUAUUAACAGUACGAGCGAUAGCGAUAGCAGCGGUGAUAGUAGUAGUAGUGAUAGUAGUAGUAGUAGUAGUAGUACAAGCGAGACGACGAAUAGGACCCCGCCGCCGCCGCCGACGACGACGACGAGAAAAGAACAAGCGACAAACGCGAGUCAUCGAAACAACGUCAUCUCUAUUUGGGGAUACGCCAGGGAAGCGUGUUGUUAUUAG